GUUUUGUCUUUGUCAGUAUUUGCUUUUUGUCAUUUGUUGUGAGUUGUGACCUGAUUUGCGGAAGAAAUCAAUUUAUUCAUAUUUUGGUAAAUAAUUUCCCGUAGUGUUACUUUCGUUCCAGUCCUCAAAAUGUCUCUUUAUCCGUCGUUAGAAGAUAUGAAUGUAGAUAAUAUGGUGAGAAGUCAAAUGUCUCAAGUACAUGCCCCUCCACCUUAUAACCCUAUGGCUACGCAAAGACCAUCUACUGGACAGGUCUAUCCUGCACUAGCUGACUACAUGGGCCUUGAACUAUCCCAAGAUACUAUUGCUCUCAAUAUGCCAGAAUACCAGAUUCAAACUAUUCAACCAUCUGGCUCACUAGCAACCUUAGUUGCACCACUUUCAUCGCAAUCAGUUAGCUUGGCUAAAGCGACUGUCACGCAAGCUAUACGCCAAGUAGUAUUGUGCAAAGACCGUGAUGGUAAAUGUGGGUUGAGACUGCACUCUGUAAACAAUGGAGUGUUUGUUUGCUAUGUGGCCGAUGGCAGCCCAGCAGCGCUUGCAGGUUUGCGUUUUGGUGAUCAAGUGCUGGAGAUUAACAAUGUGUCACUGGCAGGUAUGACAAUGGACCAAUGCCACGCAAUAUUGAAGAAAGCUCCCACUAAUGGGAUCACUAUGGCUGUUCGUGACAGACCUUUUGAGAGAACCAUUACGCUUCACAAAGAUUCCCUUGGCCAUGUGGGUUUCCAAUUCAAAGAUGGUAAUAUUGUGGGGUUAGUGAAGGACUCAUCUGCGGCUCGUAACGGCCUGCUCACGGAUCACCAGAUAUUGGAAAUAAACACAAUAAAUGUUGUGGGCAUGAAAGAUAAGGAAAUUGCUCGUGUUAUUGAAGCAAGCCCAUCCGUUGUAAACAUAACAAUUAUUCCAGUUUAUAUCUACAAGCACAUGAUAAGCAAGAUGUCAACUUCGUUGUUCAAGGCACAAGAUCGCACUCCCGCCGUUUAAAUUAAGGAAAAUUAUAUUCGUAUCUUGAUCACAUAUUAUUUCACAUACUAAGUACAUCACAUAUUUUUUAUUUAUCACCCUUAUAUAGAUAUAAUAUAUUUAGUAUUUAAUAGUCAGUAGGGGCUGUGAGAAUAAAUUCUAAACCAAAAUUUCUGUUUACCUUGUUUGUGAGAUUUUUUUUACAUUUAAUAAUUUGACUAAAUUUGCUGAGAUUAUGAGUGUUGCUUGAGUGAUUAUUAUUUCGCGAUCUGACAGUUUGUUACACAGCUUUUACCAAUGUGAUUUAGGUUUAUUAUAAAAUAUUUGUAU